AUGAUGGAGCUCAGUGAUACCCCAGCCAAGUCUCUAGACAAGUUCAUCGAAGACCACCUCCUGCCAGACGAGGAUUUCUACACACAGGUCAAUGAAGCCAUCCACAUCAUCUGCAGUUUCCUGAAGGAGAGGUGUUUCCGAUGGGCCCCCCACCCUGUUCGGGUGUCCAAAGUUGUGAAGGGUGGCUCCUCAGGCAAAGGCACAACCCUCAGGGGCCGAUCAGAUGCUGACCUCGUCAUCUUCCUCACCAAUCUUAAAAGUUUUCAGGAACAACUUCAGCGCCGAGGAGAAUUCAUCGAGGAAAUUAGGAGACAGCUGGAAGCCUGUCAAAGGGAGGAAACAUUUGAAGUGAAAUUUGAGGUCCAGAAACAGCAAUGGAAGAAUCCCCGUGCUCUCAGCUUCGUGCUUAGAUCCCCUCAGCUCCACGAGUGGGUGGAGUUUGAUGUCCUGCCCGCUUUUGAUGCCCUGGGUCAGUUGACCAGAGGCUACAGACCUGACCCUAAAGUCUACGUCCAGCUUAUCCAAGAGUGCGAGUCCCUGGGGAAAGAGGGCGAGUUCUCCCCCUGCUUCACGGAGCUGCAGCGAGCCUUCCUGAGGGAGCGUCCAACCAAGCUGAAGAGCCUCAUCCGCCUUGUGAAGCACUGGUACCAAAAGUGUAAGGAGAAGCUUGGGAAGCCGCUGCCCCCACAGUAUGCCCUGGAGCUUCUGACAGUCUAUGCUUGGGAGCAAGGAAGCAUGGAAACAAGAUUCAGCACAGCUCAGGGAUUUCAGACCGUCUUAGAAUUAGUCCUGGAGCAUCAGAAGCUUUGCAUCUACUGGAAAAUCUAUUACAACUUUGAAAACCCUAUUAUUGAACAAUACCUGAGAAGGCAACUUGCAAAACCCAGGCCUGUGAUUCUGGACCCGGCUGACCCUACAGGAAACGUUGGUGGUGGAGACCCACGUAGCUGGCAGCGGCUGGCACAAGAAGCUAGAGCCUGGCUGAAUUACCCAUGCUUUAAGAAAUGGGACGGGUCUCCAGUAGGCUCCUGGGAUGUGUCGCCCCAAGACCGUAGUGACUCGACGUACAAGGCCUAUGACUUUAGACAGAGCUAUGGAACCUCUCCGAGACUCACAUUCCAGGGAGAAGCCCCUCCCCAGGUGGAAGAGAACUGGACAUGUGCCAUCCUCUGA